AGAAAAUCGAUUAUCAUUAAUAAUCAAUGGUAAAUGUUCAGUUUGUGAUGAACAAUUUUUAUCACAACAACAACAACAGAAUCAUGAACAACAACAACAAAUUCCAUAUCGAAUGUUGGCCGUUCGUCCUUCGAUCGGAUCGAAAGAUCCAUUUUUUCCAAUUUUAGAAACAUUAACACAAACAUCAGCUAUAACUGUACCUUGCUGUUUACAAUGUUCAGAAUUAUUAAUCGAUCAAUGGAAUGAUUAUGAAUUGAAAAAUAUUUCAAUCAAAAAUCGUUUAUAUAAUUUACCUAAAAUUAAAAUGAAUAAAUCAUCGUCAUUUGUUGGUGGUGGUGGUGGUGGUGGAUCACCUGCAAGAAUAUUAGCUCAUCCAAUUAGUCUUUCGGCAAAUAAUAAUGGUAAUUUAAUCAAUGUUCAGCAGCAGCAACAACGAUCAAUUCCAAAAUCAAAUCUACAGGAUGAAGUACUUGAUCUUAGUAUGACUGGUGUUAAUUCAUCCAAUACAAAUAACCAAUCGGCUGUUGUUGAAACAACAACAACAAUGUCUGGAACAUUGAAUCUUACAACAACAACAACAACAUCAGUAUCAACAGCUUCGAAUAAAUUAUUGACUGGUCAUCGAUCACGAACAAGUUCAUUAUCAUCAAAUGGUGGUGGUGUUGGUAAUAAUAGUAUCGUAGGUGAUAAUAUUAUUCAAAUCAAUCCAUUUUCAUUAAAUUCAUCAAUGAAUAAUUUGAUUAAAGUUUCGGCCAAUUCAUCAACAAAUAAUGAUAAUAAUAAUUUGCCAUCAUUAAUGAUGAUGACGACGACAAAAAAACCAUUAUAUUGUUGUACAAUAUGUGAUGAACAAUGUCAACAAUUAUAUUCAAUAUUAAUACGUCCAAUGGGUAAUUGUCCAUAUUUUCCUACAUUGAUUAAUGAUUUGAAAAUUCAUCAAACAACAGCAAUUGAUUCGAAUGGAAAAAUUGGUGUUUGUGAAUCAUGUCAUCAUCAAUUAAUUUUACAAUGGGAUUCAUAUCAAAAAUCUAAUAUACCAAUAUUGGAAAGAAAAUAUCAAUUAAUUCGUAAACAACAACAAAAUUUAACCAAUAUUAAUCAUUCAAUUACAACAACAACAACACAACCACCGAUAUCUCAGUCAUUUGUUUCAUUAGUUGCUGCCAAUAAAACAUUUUAUUGUGUUAUGUGCUGUAAAGAUUUGAUUGCAUUGAACAAUCUUAAUAAUUCUUCAUAUUCAUCAUCAUUAUCAGGUUCUUCCAUUAACCACCAUCAAUCAUCAUUAUCGAAUCAAGCACAUAUAGCCUUUUCAUUAAUGACCGAAAAUGAUACCUCUGGCAAUGUGAUCCAAAAGAAAUUGUUAGUUCAAAGUGCUCAAGAAAUUAAUCUAACGCCUUUUUUAUCAUCAUCAUCAUCGACAUUAAAUACAACGUCUUCGACAAAUUCUUUGAAACAAUUACAAUUGUUGCAUGAAAAUGAUCGUGUAUUACUUUGUUAUUCUUGUUUUUCAUCGAUCAACAAUUCUUCAACAUCAACAACAACAACACCGUCAUCAUUGAAUCAUAAUAAUAACUGUAACAGUAGUAGUAGUGGUAUUUAUUCUUUGGAACAGCCGCAACAACAACAACAACAUACGAGCAAAGCGACUACAAAUCGAUCAUCGACGCAUCAUUCAUUAAAUGAUUCAUUGAAUGGAAUUUCAACAAUGACAAAAACAAUUCUGAUACAGCCAACAGCAUCUACUAUAUCAUCAUCAUCAUCGACAACAACAACAUCUACAAUAUCAUCGAUAAUGAUUCCAGAUGGAAAUGAAUUAUUAUUAUGUUUUGCUUGUAAACAACAUAAAUCCGAAUAUUGGGUUGAAACGAAAGAAAAUUCGGAAAAGAAACCAUUCUAUCCAUUUUUAAAUGAUUCAAAUGAAUUAAUUAAUGGUCGUGCUCGUGUUUGUGCGCAAUGUCAUUUAAUAUUAGAAAUACAAUGGGAUGGUUUUGAGAAUGGUUAUGUGCCAUAUAAUCAACGAGUUUAUCAAUUAUCAUCAUCGGCUAAACGUCCACCAACAUCAUCAUUGACUCAUUUGUCGUCAGUAGUUGCAACAACCACGUCAACGUCAACAACAACAACUACAUCAUUAGCAACAAGCUCAUUAUCAUCAUCAUCAUCACCGGCCAUAAUAACACAGGUAGUUAAUGGACAGCCGGCUUGUCCAUUAAAAAUUCAGAUAGCUGUACCGAAUUCAUCAUCAUCAUUACCAUCGACAAUAGGCAUUGGUUCUGUUCAAAAUCAUGUACAAAAUAAUCCUUCCGAACAUUUUUUAUUGACCACCGUAACAAAUACAGCAUCAAAUCAAUCGAUUUUACCAACCAUCAAUUGUCAAGAUCAGCAUUUUAAUAAAUUAUUGAAUGAAUUAUUGACCAGUAUUGGUGGUCCACAUCCACAUUUAUCAGGCACUUGUUUGAUUUGUUCACAACAUAGUGCUGCAGGUCAAACAUUUCAGAUAUUCUCCACUACACGUAAUAUUAUUCUAUCAUCCGAAUUAGGAAUCUAUCCAUAUUUUCCAAUGUUAAAAAGUUUAAUACACAACAGUAGUAAAAAAUCUAAAAAUCUUAUCGAUAAUAAUACACAUUUAGCUUGUACUUAUUGUUAUCAUUCAUUAAUGGCUCAAUGGAUUGCAUAUCAUUUGUCCGGUAAACCGGUAGACCAUGAUCUUUCUACUAGACAUUAUGAUUGUCAAAAUUUUGUCUGUUAUGUUUGUGGUGUUACCACUUAUCGACAAUUUGUUCGGUCAAUUACAGUAAAAGAUUUUCCAUUCUUAAGUGAUCAUAAACGUCCUCCUGGUUCAUUAAAAUUAAACAAAGGUGAAAGUGUUGUUACAUGUUUAACUUGUUAUCAAACAUUAACACAUCAAUGGAUUGAAAAUGAACGUAUGAAAGUACCGUUAGAGAUGCGUAAAUAUAAUUGGAUGGCCGUUCCACCGCCACCAAUAUCGACAACAAUGAACAAUAUUAAAAACGAGCCGAUUAACGAACAAAAUCAUAAGAGACUCACACAUUCCGAUCGAACGAUUAUUCCGAUUCUAACGCCAACCAAUUCCAUUUCAUAUCAACUAACCAAUGCUAAUUCAAUCAAUCAUAAUGGAAUUAUUUCGGUUCCUGCUUCGAAUGAAAUAAUACCUAAAACAGCAAUAAUUGUCAAUACUGGUAGUUUUGGUACUAACAAUAAUAUUGUCGGCCAACCAAUACCAAAUGAUACAAUAUUACAAUCAAAACAAUCAUCGACAAUUGUAAAUGUAACACCACCGACAUCAUUUAAUCCAUCACAUACAUUAGCACCAUUAGUAGCGGCUGCAAUGGCCGCUACACCUGUUACAAUCAAACAAGAAAUGAUUAAUGAACAAUCUACAAGUGAACCAAUAACGACAACUAACACGAAUAAUAAUAGUAAUACUGUACAAUCAUCAUCGGUUACAACAACCGCAACAACAGUGUUACGACAUUUAGCUCGUCAACAAUAUGUCCAAAUUCAAUAUCCUCAACAAAUAAUUCAGCAACCACCCGAUUCAAGACAAAAUCCAUCUAAUUCAAUUAAUUUAACAACAUUAGCUUCAGUUGCCGCUUUGGCUGGUAAUAGUAAUCGUAAUUCUAUUACAAGUUCAUCACAAUUCGUUACCGGAUCAUCAAUCAAUAGUAAUAAUUUGACGAAUCAUUCCAAUUCUCAACAAUCAUUUGAUAGUCAUUCACAUUUACAUUUGAAUCAUCAUCAUCAUCAUCAACCACAUCAACAAGCUGAGCUUCCAAAAGCUGUAAUAAAUUCAAAUAGUUUUGCAUUACAUUUUAAUGCAUUAAACAAUGAUAAUAAAUGCAAUAAUCAUCAAUCGAAACAUCAUCAGAUGAAAUCGAAAAUUGAACCCAACGAAAUGGAAAAUAUUCAACAACAACAACAAGCAAAUCGUUUGGAUAUGAAAAAGAAUCAUGAAAAUGAUAAUACUCAGUAUAUAUUACAUUGUCAGCAACGUAUUGAUCGAAAACAAGCACAAAUAAAAGAAUUAGAAGAAUCAAUUCAACAAGAUUUAUUGAAUGGAGAAAAUUUUAAUGAAAAUUUAUCGAAAAUUAAUUUAGAAGUUUUACAAUUACGUAAAAAACGUUUAGCUCAUCUAAAUCGUUUAAAAGAAAAAAUUCAACAACUUGAACAACAAAAACAACAAUCAUCUGAGAAUCUGGUGAUGACGAUAGAUGAUAAUUCUUUAUCCGAUGCUGAUCUGACUGAAAUUGAUGAAAAUCGUUCAAUAUCCGAUGAUUCGAUUGAUGUUUUCAACGAUGAACAUGAAUCAUUGGUUGAAUUUAUGGACAAUGUUUUACCAUCAUUACCAUUAAAAGAAAAUGAUGAUGAAGAUUUGGGUAAAAUGGAAUUUUUAUCACUUCUUGGUUUAACUACUCAUCGUAUGAAACGUGAAGAUGAUCUUGAUAAUUAUAUUCAAACAAAAAUGAAUAGACGUUUAACACAUGCAUCGUUCAAAGUUGAUUGGCUUAAUGAACAAGAAAAUGAUAUAUUGGAAGUUGAUCCCGAAUAUGAAACAUUUAAACGUUGGCCAUAUUUUUCUGAAAGUAAAAUAAAUCCAAAUUCGGAUAGAUUACAUUCGACAAAAAGUAUUCGAAAAAAUAGUCGAAAUAAAAUUCAAUUUUUCGAAAUACUUGGAUUGAAACAACCAUCAGCCAUAAAUAAAUUAAAAACUGAAAUCGAUUGGUUAGCUGUUAUUCGUAAUCGUCAAAUGAGACGUAAACGAAAAUUUGUCUGUGUUGGUAAAGAAUAUCAAAAUCUUGAUGAACAAAUUCUUCGAACGUGGAUACCAAUUUUAUUAUCAUCAUCAUCAUCAGAUGUAAAUGAUUCAGAAAUGAUUCAACGAAUCAAAACGAAAGUUAUACCAAAUCUUGAUGACUAUUUUCAUUAUAAAGAUGUUACGAUUCAAUCGAAUGAAAAUGAAAAUCAACGACAAGAAGAAUCACAAUCGGAUACACAAAUUAUGACGAUUGAUUGUAAUCCAGCCGAAGUAAUACGGCCAUCAUCAUCAUCAUCAUCAUCGAUAACAAAGACAAUCAUAACUCCAUCUAGCUCAAUAUCUAAACAAUCGCAACCGAAAAAAAUAUCGAACAAAAAUGAUCGUAAUACAAUUGUUGUGAUUAAUAGUGACAAUCAUCAUCAACAACAACCUAUAACAACAACAACAGCAUCAUCUCAAUCCAUAGCUCAGCCAUUACCGACAACAACAGCAACAACAACAAUUAAUAGUAAAAUUCUAAAUCCAAAACAAUUUGCACAAGAAUUCCAUGAAUCAGUAUUGUUAGAAACACAAAAACAAAUGAAUGGUAAACAACAGAUUCAAACAAAUGGAUCGUUUGUUAAUAUUAUAAAUGCUGAUUCUUUGCAUCAUCGUCAUCAUUCACAACCGUUAAUGUUGACAACAGCAACAACAACAACAUCGAACGCACAACAUGCCGCCAUUAUCUAUAGUGAUCCUCAUCAUCAUCAUCAUUUAAGGCCUGUCAUGAACAAUACAUCCGAUCCACAACAACAACAAUUAUUGAUCGAUCGUAAUGGAUUAAUAUCCACUAUUACGGCAACGCCUGCAACUGUCAUCACUUCGAUUAAAGUUCCAACAUUGGCAGCAGCUACUACAACAACAACAGCAUCUCCAGCUGAUAAGCUAAAUAUUCGUGAUCAGAUUUUUAAACUACAACAUCGUAUUGAUGAUAUUAAUCGAGAAUAUUCUGGAUUGAAUGAAAAACGAAAUGAAAUUAUGAUGACAAUGCAAAGAUUGGAAAGAGAAAAAACAUUGUUUCAAUUGGAGAUUGAUCGACUAUCCAAAUGUUUGGAUUAAAAAAUUUGAAUUUUUUUGUUUCAUUGUUGUUGUUGUUAUAAUUGUAAUAAAUAUUAUCGAUGCUUGUAAUGAUAAUAAUUUUU